AUGAGCGCGCCCUCUCAAAUCCCCAACCCGGCCCAUACGCUCGCGGAAUCCAUGUUGUCGCGGCGUUUCGGCAAAGAGACGGUGAACUAUUUCUCCAGCUCUCCCAUCAAUCGGUUGUCAUUUUUACGAAAUGACCACCCAUUCCUGUCCUCGGCCCUGAAGCAUCCAUCUACCCAAUUCCUCCUUCUCAAUAAUCUUGCCCCGCUCACCCGCUCACCGGCCGAGGUAUACUAUGCCAAAUAUGAUGAAGUGCGCAGCCUCAUUCCCAAUGACACCUUUGACCAGUCCGAGGAGGAACUGAUCAAGGGGUUUGACUCGCGCAAGACGCAUGCCAACUUGAUCUUCCUCGGAUUGGACGAAAGCCGCAAAGAGGGCAGCAUGACGCAUAAGAUCUACACGGGAAUUCCGUUCUUCGCUAUCGACGUGACGCCCAAGGGCUCUGCAGCUCAGCAGACUGCUUGCAAAGACAUAAUUAGCGCUAUGGAGGAGAAGGGCUUGUCUUUCUUCCAGACGAGAGUUAUUAGUACAUUUACUCCGGACGAAGCCGCUAUCUAUGCGCAGGCGCGCGCUUUGAUGGACUGGAACACCCGCAAUACCUUCUGUGGUACCUGUGGCCACCGCACGCUGUCCGUCAAUGCCGGCACCAAGCGCGCCUGUCCCCCCACGGACGAAGCGCGAACCGCCGAAGGCCUGCCACAAGAUCGCCCCGAAUGUAACACGCGCACGACUCUUUCCAAUCUGUCCUUCCCCCGCACAGACCCCACCAUCAUCGUGGCUGUCGUAUCUGCCGAUGGGAAGCGCAUCUUGCUUGGCCGUGGCAAGCGGUUCCCACCCAAGUGGUACUCAACCUUGGCCGGCUUUAUCGAACCUGCCGAGUCUAUCGAAGACGCGGUUCGGCGAGAGGUGUGGGAGGAGGCUGGUGUGACGCUUUCACGAGUCCUGAUUCACUCCUCGCAGCCUUGGCCGUACCCGGCCAAUUUGAUGAUCGGAGCGAUUGCACAGUGCAGUGAUGCCGCACAUGAGAAGAUCAACCUCGAGCAUGACCCUGAGCUGGAAGAUGCUCGUUGGUUUGAAAUUGAGGAGGUUGAGGAGGCGCUACGCAUUGGUACUAGUGACUUGAGCUCUGGUGCAGGCCCCGAGUAUAAGGGUGGCUUGCGGCUGCCCCCCGAGACGGCCAUUGCGAAUCAGUUGAUUCGCGCAGCCGUCAAUGCCGAUUAUUUCCAAUCAGAGAGAUCUAAGAUGUGA